AUGGCCUUGUUUUCCCAAAUCCAGCCAGAUCCCACAGCUUUCCUGGGAGUGCAGCCGGCCCGGGAGCAUCCGGACAAGCCUCGUUCCUCCUCCCGGAGCAGCUCCAGGCAAUCCCAGCGCUCCCGGGCUCCCUUUGGCCGCAUCCCCUGGGCUGCCGGGGCAGGGCUGGGCCCGCAGGUGAGCGGGCAGGCCCGAAGAAGCCCAGCCCAGAGGCAGCUCCGGCCGGCCCCCAGCGCCGGGGGAUGCGGGGCGGGCGCGGGGCGGGCGCGGAGCCCCGCGGGGCCCCAGGUGAGACGGGCCCGGCUCCGAGCCCCGCUCCGAGCCCCGCUCCGAGCCCCGCUCCAGCUCCCGCACCCAUGUCCCGGCCCGGCAGCCCCCGGCAGAGCCCCCCGGAGCAGCCCCGGACCCCGCCGGUACCGCCGCCAGCUGGAUGCCGCCGGCUCCGCUUCCCGGCUGAGCUCUGCUCCAAACUCAGCCCCUUCAGCCGUGUCCCGGGGCCCAGGCAGCUGCACGGGGCUGAUUUCCCUGGAUUUCCUUCCUUUUCCAGAGGUGGCUGAGCCCUCGCUCCCUGCCCCGAGGCCGAUCCCAGCGCUGUCCCCGGCGGAGCCCCGGCCGCCCGCCCGUCCCGCGGUGCCGAAGAAGGAGAAACCCCUGGGAGGUGACAAAUCCCCGGCGGUGCUGACGAAAGGACCCCGGGCCGAGCUCUGUGGCGCUCCCGAAGCUGUGACAUGCCAGCCCCAGGUGCGGCCACCCCCGCAGCCCCCCGGUCCCUGCACCCUCCUGCUGCCCAACGGCGCCGGGCAGGGGCCAAACCCGGCCAGUGCCAACGGGGAGACGGGGAACGGGACCUGCCGGGCCGUGCCCAGCGCGCAGAAACCUCACCGAAAGCUGCAGCCACACCACUCCAUCAACAGCCAGAGCAGCAAGAAGAGCAAGGGCAGCUCCAAGUCACCCUCUUCCCACAUCCCCAUUGAGGCGCAGGAAGACUGCUGCGUCCACUGCAUCCUCUCCUGCCUCUUCUGCGAGUUCCUGACCCUCUGCAACAUCGUGCUGGACUGUGCCACCUGCGGCUCCUGCACCUCCGAGGACUCCUGCAUCUGCUGCUGCUGCUGCAACUCGGGCGAGUGCGCGGACUGCGACCUGCCCUGCGACAUGGACUGCGGCAUCAUCGACGCGUGCUGCGAGUCCGCCGACUGCCUGGAGAUCUGCAUGGAGUGCUGCGGGCUCUGCUUCUCCUCCUGAGGGGCUCCCCUGGGCC